GCAAAGGGCGCCAUAUUUGUUACGCACAAUAGAUUGAAACAUGGCUGCGACAUCCAGGUCGGAUGCACAAAUGAGACAGAAAUGUAAAAAACUACUGAAUUCUAAAGGUUCUCAAGAUCCGAUUGAACGUUUGAGACUACAGUGCCUCAGUCGAGGUUCAGCGGGCAUUAAGGGAAUUGGAAGAGUUUUCAGAAUAAUGGAUGAUGACAGAAACAGGUCGUUAGACUUCUCAGAAUUCAAGAAGGGGAUGCGUGAAUAUGGCCUCUAUUUGGAUCCUAAGUUUACAAUGUGAAGAUGCAUCCAAAAUACCAGAAUGGAGAAAUGACAGAGGAACAAAUUUUUACAAAAUUUUUGAAUACAUUUGAGGUGGGCAGCAGUGAAGUGGAUGGAAAGAUUACUCGCGAUGAAUUCAUGAACUACUACGCUGGUGUCAGUGCCUCCAUAGACAAUGAUGCCUACUUCCUCCUCAUGAUGAAAAAUGCCUAUAAAAUGUGAAAAAAUGUCUUAUUUCUGUUCUUAAUUUAUACCAGACACACCUUGCACAGUAUUCUUUAGGACUACAUUGUUCUGUAGCAUACUGUUCAGUGCUAGCUAAAGGCCAAAGAGAAAGUUGCGUGGGACAGUUUAUUUGACAGCUCUUUAAGUAGUUGCAUCUCUUGAGCUGGAAGACCAUUUCUUGUACAUAGUACAGUGGAAGCAUUUGAUGCUUGUAGAAACAUUUAAUUAAAUAUUUAAUGAUACUUUUAUUACAA